UAAUUGCUUAUAAUAUCUGUUACAGAAUUAAAGAAAACACGUGACGAGGAGACCUAUAAACAUUUUAGAUACCGAUAUUUACACAUGAUCUUGGGAAGAGCAAGAAGGCACUAAUUGUUCUGAGGACAAAUAGGAAGCAUAAUAUAGAAGAAAAUACCCGGAAUGAACUGGGUUGGAGGAGUUAGGUGUCGUGUUCUGUUGAAGGAGGAGGAACGUAGACGGCAGGAACAGUUUUUUGCAGCUCGUGCUUCUUCCAAGAUCAAAAACAGUGGUAGGAAGACUAUACAGAAGGCAGAAAAGGAGAAUACUAAUGCAAAGGCUGUGGUACACAUAAAGUCUAGGUCAAACUGCCACCAAAGGAAAAAUGAACAGGUCAUAUACCAUCGUCUUCAGCAAGGUGGUCCACCUUCACAGUUAAAACACCAGGAGCAAUCCUCAGACCUUACACCUGGGAUUCCUGUAAGUGGCAGAAAUAGGACCGAAAAACAAGGCCUCCCGGGUGCUGCUGCAUUAGAUGUUUUUUGGGGCAAAAAGAGUACUUCCGUAAAAAUCAUUCCUGGAUCCAUUCACUGUCCAUUUUCUAAAUACUUAUUACAGCUUGAGGUUCAAGGCAUUGAGAACAAGUUAAGAGAGCAGAACAUGAUAAGGACUGAAUCUAAAAGGCUGGAUAAGUCCAUACAAUGUCUGACUGAACUUAAUGUCAGCAGUGGGAAGGAAGAAAGAGAUAAGGAUAAUAGACAGAAAGAGCAGAAUGCAGGGAAGAAACGAGGGCAGCAAGCUAUCAGCAUUCAGGAAAUGUUGAUCAUAGUUUUCCUUCUCAGAGAAAAACACCAGAAUCAGAUAGUUAUGGAUGACUCAAACCACCAGAAAUAUGUUUCAAAAGUCAGAUUCAAUGAAACUGAGAAACUGAGUGAAAGAAAUAUAAAAAAUGGAAGAAGGAAGAUAGAUAAGCAUGGAUAUUCGUGUUCUAAAAAGGAUACAUUUUUAAAUAUUGAAGCCUAUAGCAAGGCUGUAGGAAAUGUUAGUGGCACCAAAGACUGGAAAAACAUUCACAGAAAAGGAAAGCUUAUUGCUAGUUCAAGUUGUGUAAAUGGAGGGAGAGGAAGUAAGUUGGCUAGCACUGACAAGAGGAAAAUUAUGAGUGAGGUAAAAAGAAAGGAAUCAAGUUCUGUACCAAGCUUGCUGAAUGGUGCACCACGUUUACGACAAAUAUUGACUCUUAGUCCAGCUUGUCACAAAGGACAAAUAUGGAUACCUUUAAAAUUACCGUAUCAAGACAUUGACACCAACAGUUCUGGUAAAGCAUUCAGUCAAGAUGGCCAUGAUGAUAAAGAUGUAGGUAAAGCCUCACAUUUCAAGACAAAAAGUAAUGAGAGCAUUCAGUCUCAUGAAAAUGAGAGUAAUUGUAAAUCAGUUUUGUCUCAAAAGCAACAAGAAAAUCACAGGACAUCAGGCACAAACAAAGAAGAGGAGAACCGUCUGGAUAUGUUCAUAGGGAAAUGUACAAAGUUACUGCCAGAGUUGUCACAUAGUGCAGAGUCAUCUAUAGAAAUUAGUAAACAAGUACAGAAGUGUAAUCUUACAUUUGGUAAGCAAGAAAAACACCAAGAAUCCUUCAAGUUACACCCUAGACUUGUCACAUACAUAACUGAUGAAAAUGACAAACAGUUUUCAGGAGAGAAAAACAUCAUGGGUAAUGAAGAUUUUUCUGCUUGCACCCAAAAAAAUCAGAAGAGAGAACUACACUACAUUUACAAGGAUAAUACUAUUUUAUCUGAUGAAGAAUCACAGAAAACACCAACUUCUACCAGAGGUAGGCUUAGAUUCAGUGAUUUCACUCGUAAUGUGUAUGAAGUUGAAAGUGGUUUGAGCUUUGCCCGAAAUAGGAAAGACAAGACACCAUACCUAGAUAAAUCUAUCCCCACACCCUGGAGAUCCCAGACCUGUGCACAAACCCCAGGAGGAAGCAGUGGAAAAUCAUCCUCCAGAACUCCAACAGAUCCUAUUUUUGACAGAUCCUUGGAAGAUCCCUUUGAGACACAGGGAGACCCUGGAGCAUGUGAAGUAACUGAAGGGAACAUUAGCAUUGCUAAGAGCCAAGAAAAGGCAACUUGUAAGGCAGCCCAUGACAUUCCAGCAAACAGUGAAAAUGUUUACAUAAGUGGUAAAAAUUUGGAAUCGGGAAUAAGUCAUAAUACUCGACAGUGAGUCCAACCAAAGGCAGUGUAAUGUCACUUCACCUAAUGUCAGACAGCAAAAUAUGCCAGUGAAUGAUAUUAAAAGAAAAUGAGAAACAGAGAUUUGCUGUGCUAGUAUAAUGUCACGUGUAGAAGUACCACAAAACACUCGGAUUUGUGGAAAGUUAAAUCAGUCAUAUGUUGAUAAGGAAGAUGGCAAUAUAGUGAGUAAGAAUGGAGAACAAAGAAACAUGCCAGCUGAUCAGUCAUAUCCAUUAAAUGAUUCAUCAAGUCAACCAGAAUAUUUGUAUGAAGUUAAAAGAAAAAAAAGCUCCUCAAUAAAGGACUAGUGAAUUGUUGGCAAAGAACUCAAACAAGCUAAAAGAUUAUCCCAGUCUAGGCUUUGCUUUGGGCAGAACACAAGAUCUGGUUGAGCACUUAUUUUUCAAAACACUGGACUGUUCUCUGAUAGUGACAUAUCUGCAUCACAGGAAGAGAUUUAAAAAGUUGAGAGCCAUCUGAUAGCAGAUGAGAGUACAAGGAAAGGCCACAUGAAAAUGAACCAUUGGGAAGGAAGCCAAACAGGUCCCACUCAUAUGGAAAAGGUCCAUUAUAAAGUGCAGAAUGCUACAGAGAGUCAAAGAUAUAUGAACAACUCAGUUGUUAAAACAAAUGAGAAGGGGUAGAUAGUGUAGUGUUGUAAGAAGUGUAGGUGUAGUAAAAUGAGAUUAUGUGAAGGAUUCUGUAAUCUCUGGCCCAUCUGAAAUAAACAAAACAAAACUUUCCACUGUGAAUCAGUCAUCUGUAAAUCCUGUUGGAGAGCUUUACAUAUCUUCCACCCCAAAGCAACAGCUGAAUGUAGCUUUCACCCCAUAAAUGAAGAUGCCUCAAAGGUACAGCACAUUCUGAUUAAUAAUGACCCAAAGAUUCAACUAUCUUCAGACAAAGCUAAGAGAAAGCACCUUGAUAGCAUAGAGGACAGAGAUAUUAGAGAGCUAGAAGUAGGUAUAUCUGUGAUUCUUAGUAAGAAAAAUGGCACAGAAAUUCCCUGUGUGGAUGGUAAAUGUCAGUCCAAUGACUUUACCCUUAUUGAAAUAGGUUAUAGUAGUUCCUCUGUUAAUUUUUUUGAUCUUGUUAAAAACUGCCAGUUGGCUGCAGCAACAGAAUGUGUUGUAGGUAAUAUUGGCAUAGAUAAGUACUUAAAUACACCAAAAAAGUGACCACAAGAAAAUAGUGAAGUAGGUGGAUUGUAGUCAGUAUUUAGAUACAUAAACUUGAAAUUCAUGAGAAAAUUUAACAAGCUGAGGAUUUAUGGCUUUUGAGGUAAUGUGCUACAGGCAAGAAGAUAGAGAAAUCCAUAUUUAGAACAGUAGUAAGAAUAUAUUUUAGGACAAAGUUUUGCAAAGAACAGAAGUUAAAUCUGCAGAUGCAGCUUAUGUUGAAAUAUAUACAAUGUAUUGUCUCAUAUCUUUAUUUCUUAUAAGGAUUUUUUUUGUAUUUUGUCAUCAGUAUAUUAUAACUCAGUUUUAUACACACCACUGUAGCAAUAUGAAAUUUUCUCCCUGUAAGACAUCAACAAACUCAGAUUAAAAAUUAAAAUGAUAA